AUGGCCGAAGACAUGGUUCAACCUUUUGAUAGGACUAUUGGGGAGAGUACUCGAGUCAUUGCACCUAAUAGGGGCUCGGCUAUUCGUCCUCCAACCACCGCUCCAAAUUUCAAUGUCAAAGGUAAUCACUUGUCUCGGGUUGAAAAGAAUCAAUUUGAUGGGGUUGCUAAGUGGGAUCCGUAUGAUCAUGUGGAGAAGUUUGAAAAAGUUUGUCGAUUGUUCAAGUAUGGGGAGACACAAAUGCCACUUGUUAAGCUUGAAUUGUUUCCGUUGUCUCUCACGGGAGAGGCGGCGAAUUGGUAUAAGAAUCUCGAUGACAACAUAUUUGAAACAUGGGAAGAGUUGAGGGAAGGAUUCAUUGAGCGGUUCUUUCCGGCUCAAUUGGUUGAAACAAUGAAGUUGGAGAUUCGGGCGUUUAAGCAACUUAGUGGUGAGGAUUUGGUUGAUGCUUGGAAGAGAUUGAAGGAGUUGAUGAGAAAUUGUCCGGGGCAUGAUAGUCGUACUCAAAGGGAAUUGGAUUGGGAUUGUGGAGGUAACAUUAACAAUGUCACUUACAAUGAAGCCUAUAAGAUUAUGGAAGAUAUGGUUCGUACUAGUGUAAUUCGAGAAGCGGGUAGGACUAAAUCGGAUCUUGUGAAAACGGGAAGAAGAAGUGUGGCUCGAGUUGAUAGUGGUAGUGAAGUUGUGGCUGAAAUUAAGGCAUUGGCAAGUCACAUGGAUAAGCAAUUUGCAAGCAUGGAUGGUAGAUUUGGGUUGAUUGAGAAGGAUUUGAAGACGGCGGUUGCGGGUUGUGAUAUUUGUGGUGAUAGGCAUUACACGGAGGAUUGUGAUAAGGCACCACAGAACGAAGAAGUUGAUUAUGUUCAAAAUCAAUAUCAACCCCCGUCCACAUUGGGAGUUUCAUGGCAAGGAAGAAAUCAAGGAGGUCUAUCGGUUCAACCAGUGGAAGUUGUUGAUCCUAAUGCCAAGCUUAGGGAUCUUAUGAAGAAGUUCAUGGUUGAUCAAGACAAGAAGAAUGAGAACUACCGAACCGACAUCACCGCUUUGAAUCAUAAGUUGAAUCAAAAUAUCAAAAGUCAACAAGCGUUGAUCAAGGAUUUAGGAGUAAGGCUUGAUAGAAUGGGUAAUUCUAAUCGUCAACAAGGAUCUUUGCCAAGUAAUACCCAACAAAAUCCUAAGCCUUCCGGUUCGAAUGAAGGAGGUAAUAAGUGUCAACACCCUAAUGUUAAGAAUGAGCAUGUAAAUGCCAUUACUACUCGAUCGGGUAAGGUAGUUAAUUCUCCUAUUUCUCCUCCUAUUUCUAGUGCUACUAAUGUUCCUACGCAGGUUGAUAGUGAGGAUGAAGAAGAAGAUGAACAAGUUGAUGAAGAGAUUGUAAUGGAGCCGAACCAAGCCGUGAAACCACCGGCCGUUCCAUCUACAUCUACUACUCUGGUUGCUACACCGGUAGCUAAACCAACGAUUGAUGAGCCUCAAGUCAAGCCAUACAAGCCGAAGAUUCCUUUCCCUCAAAGAUUGAGGAAGGAGAAGCUCAAGGAGCAAUACCGGAUGCCGAGUUAUGCUAAAUUCAUCAAGGAUCUUGUAACGGAUAAGAGGAAGCUAGAGGAAGCUAAGGCUACUUUCCUCAAUGCGGAGUAUGAUAAGCAUAAUUGUGAUGCUUUGGCCGACAUUGGUGCAAGCAUUAAUUUGAUACCUUUUUCGGUUUAUAGGCGAUUGUCUUUAGCGGCUCUUAAGCCAACUCGGAUGAGCAUUAGGCUCGCCGAUCAUUCUUUCCAAUAUCCCAUGGGAAUUGCGGAAAAUUUGUGUGUGAAAGUAGGCCAUAUUGUCUUUUUGGCCGAUUUUGUUAUUCUUGAGAUGGUAGAGGAUGCCAAGGUUCCUCUUAUUUUAGCCCGACCUUUCUUGUAUACGGCCGAUGCCAUCAUACGUGUUAAGGAUAAGAUUAUCUCACUAGGCAUAGGAAAUGAUAGAAUUUCGUUUUCAAUUGAUAAAGCUUUGCAACAUCCUUAUUCUACCGAUGAUUCUUGUUUCAGAAUUGAUGAGUUUCUUGGACACGGAUGA